UAAACUCAUAACUGACGUGAAGCUUAGCUGUUAGACCAGCUAUCUGUUAGCUAAACUGUGAAGUUAUUGUAUCAUACCAGUCUUGACAGAUGAAGUUUCUCAUCUUUGAGUUGCAAAUCUUGCAUGUUAUUGUUUUUCAUGGUUUUAACAAAAAAUCAUCUUAAAUCUCUGAAUCAUAGCAUAUGCCAUGGGUGCUGGCACUUCCAAAAUGUUUUUCAUAAAACCUUUAGUUUUUUUUCCCCCCCCAAAUUAAGCAGGCAAGACUUGUCAAAGUCGGGUUGGUAGAGCAUAAUUGUGAAGUUGACGUGUGGCUAUGUGUUUGGCGGCGCUGUGCGCACACAAAAAAGUCCAGAUGUUUUUGGGGUGGGCGACGAGCGAGGGUUACGCUCCUGCGAGUUCAGAGAACGUCCUCCAUCCAGAGCAAACACCUGCUCCUACAGCUCCCUUGGAGGAGGAAGUCCAGAAUCUAGAGACUGAGGAAGCACAGGACCGGCUAAUGGUCAAAGGUGUCCUUUCAGGGGAACUUGGGUUCUUUGGUCAACUAACGGAAUCCUGAAUGAGAUGUUUACCCAUCGUGCACGUUUGACUGUUCGAACACUGUUUGUAACUGUAACUUGUAUAACAUCAAAUGUAAUCAUUUAAUGUAAUAUGAUGCCUGACACUGUACUUAGUUUGUUGCAUUUUGUGCAUGACGUGCGAUUUGUGUUCCAAAAUAAAAAAAAUUAUCCAUAAGACACAAGUUGACUAAAUGUAACCUGCUAAUCUGUCCUGAGUUUUAGAGAAUGUAGGAGGAGCCUCAGUCUCCAAAGGACAGGGACCUAAAGCAGCCAAACCUGUAAAAAAUAAAUGCACAUUUAUUGUAUACUGUGCCCCAGGAGGUACAACUGGACAGUGGAUGAAAAUACCUGGAACAGGCUAUAAUGCAGGACUUGGUGCAUUGGCGGGCUCCAACACUAAAGGUUACGGAGCAGGUGUUCCAAACAGAUUUGGUGCCAAACCCGGUUAUGGAACUGGAGGCCAUACUGUACCUAUUAAUGGAUACAGAGCAGGCCUUGGAUAUCCUAAUGCAGGCAAACCCCAACAGCCAAUUUACAGUCAAGGAGCCAACCUUGCAGCAGCUGGCUAUGUCAAGGGAAACUCUUACCCAGAUCUUGGCCACGGUGUUCCGACAAUGAACGCAAAAUCGGGUGGUGGUCUGCAGGUUCCUUACAAUGGCGCCCCAGCAGUUCCAGCCGCACUAGAUGGUGUGGGUCGGCCUGAGCAGCAGCCAGCUGGCCUCGGUCCUAAUGGAAUAAAAGGCCCAGUGUACGGUGGAAUGGUGGGCUUACUUUACGGUGGUCCAACUGGGAUGGGUCCUGAGAAAUCCAAUGCAAAGUAUGGCAUUGGCGGAUUGCAAUUUGGUGGCAGCCCUCAAACGGGAACUAAUGGUGUCGGUAAUUACGGCUAUGGCGUCUAUGAACCCACUGCUGAUUUGAAAUCCGGAAAAUACGGUGGAACCAAUACGGGUGGUGGUGUACCUGGACAAUAUGGUUAUGGUGGCUUACCCAAUAUUGGCCACCUUCUCGGUCGUGGCAGCAAUGGACACAUGGCUGGCAAAUAUGGUUAUGGCGGAAUGCCCCAUGAAGUUCAACCUGUUGGAUUUGUCCCCCAACUCCAAUAUCCUGGUGCUGGCCAAAACGGUCCUGGAGCCUCGCCAUAUCAGUCAGGCCCUCUUGGAUUUGGACCAAAUGUCAACUAUGGUGGUGGUGACGCUUCCUAUGGGCCACAAGGCCUGGUGGGUGACGGAAAGCCUGCUGGGAAAAAUGUGGAUAACCAGGGACUCCACCAGAGCCAACCUCUUGAAUCUGCUUCUGAAAGGCGAUCAGUGGGAGGUGAUCCAACUCUGUCACGAGCAGUCGAUGGCGAGGGCAUGGCGAAUAAUAAAUAUGAAAAUGUGGGUUACAUAAGUGGAAGCAAACUACAACCAGAAGUUAUUUCGCUCCCCGCGGCACCCGCCCCCGUGCCGAUGGGAUCGGACGACCUCCCCUCUGACCUCAGGGGCGCCGGCGGGCUCUCGUUUGAUUCCGCCGACGCGGACCAACAGGCCGCGGCCCGGGGGUCGGCGCAGCCGGACGACCCCGAGCAGAUGCCGCGUCAGCUUCACAUCCAGCAGCGCCUCAAACUGCAUUUACACCCUCAAGGGUCAAAAAAUGGUAAAUACGACUUUAAUGGCUUCGUUGGAAAUAGUGGCUACCAAGGUAAGGAACGGAUUUAAAUCAUAAAAAUAUAAAAAGGUUAAUCCAUUGUUCUUUCACACAGGUUAACACUGCUGUCAUCACAUGUGCCACUGUAUAUUUGUCAUCACUUCCUGAUUGUAUAUUAGUUUACUCUAUUUACUUGCUUAGUCUUUAAACCUUUUACACAUUGAGUUGCUAUGUUAUCUAUGUAUUAUAUAAAUAUAUACCUCUUAAUGAACCCUGCAACAUCUUUCUACUCUGCGCUUGCAUGUUAACUGUACGUGCAAACAAGAAGAAUGGAGUUUUGUCCUCUGCUUGUCUGUUUUUGAUUGAAUCAGUCAGUUUUGCCUCAAAUAUAUCUUGCAUAUUUCUAUAUAAAAACAAAAUGCUUUCUAAUUUAUUUUGCAUGGCGAUUUUGGUUUUAGAGCUACUUGUAAUGUUUAUUGUACAGUAUUUGUGUGAUUAAAAUCAAAGAUAC